GUUUGGUGUCAAACGUCAACGUCAACCAAGUGAAAAUAUUUUAAUAAAUAUACGAUUGUUUUGUUUACUAAAAUAUUUACCGACCGGCAAACCGGCGUGUUAAAUUAAACUACCUAGGUAUAUCCAAAGUAAAGAAACCAAAAGUACUUUAUUUUAAUAGUAAGAAAGAAAAAUUUCCCUAUGUCUUCUAAGAAGAAGAAGACUCUCAAUGAAGUUGUCGAUCUGAAUCAAGAUGAUGCUUUUGAUGCCGUUAUGGCCCUGACCAGUGCAUCAUCAUCUCAGGCAACUUCCGGUAGUACAAGACAAGAUGUUUCAACAUCUGACUCGCAGACCAGCUCCAGCUCUAUAGGAACAAGAAGAAAAAGUGUUGGUAGUCCAGAAAUCAAAGGUAGAAAAAAUGACAAAGCAGCAGAAAGACAGGCCAUGAGACGGAAGAAGGAAGAAAAGAAAGAGGCCAGGGCUAUUGCUGCUGAGAAGAACAAGAUAUACAAGCCUGGAGAAUGUAUGAAGCACAUGACGAUAGAAGUCCACCCCGGGCUGUCGUCGGAGUGGUACAUGGCGGAGCUGCCGCGGGAGGCGGCGCGCGGCGGCGCCCGCGUCAGCUCCGCCGCCGCUCUCUGCGACCGCAACCUCAUCUUGUGGUCUCGCUGCGUGCCCACCACUCUCUCUGACCAGCUCGGUCUAAACUCCAAGGAGCAAUGUGACCGCGCGCUCUACGUACAGUUGGCGGACGAUGUCGCGUGGAAAGUGGUCAAGCGCGAGCUGUCCGCACACGUGACCGCCGUGCGCGACAUGGCGGCGUGUCGGCUGACGCUGGUCGUGUUCGGCGCUAAGGAUUAUUUCAAGACAACUGGACGAAAAACCCUAAACAGUAGUAGGAAAAUGAUGACGGAAAUAGAUUUUGAAAUGGCGAAAGCAGACCUCUUGGUGAGCGCGGAGUGUGACACUGUGCUGGUGGAGACUCCCAACGAGCUGGGGUUGCUCAUUGUCCAGUUCACGAAGGCCAUAGCCGAGGCUCCGCACAAACAAGCGAAACGCGCCUUAGACGAACAAGCGGAGUUCUAUAUGAGGGGAGACAAUAAGAAGUGUGUCCGGGUCGAUUCUAAUGGUAAUGGGCUAAGCGGUCUCUGGCAGCAGAUGGUCGCCAUCUUGCCGAAUUCCAGUCUGGAAACUUCCAGAGCUGUGUGCGCGCAGUAUAGAUCUCCGCUGGAAUUAUAUGAGGCAUUGCAAAGUCCAGAUGGUGUGACGUCAUUAGCUGAAGUGCCCAUCGCCCGGUCGGCAGUCGCCAACUCCCGCUCAAGGAGACUAGGCCCCGAGUUCGCCAGGAAAAUGAAGACCUUACUUACUGCUGGAGACGGGAACAUUCUCAUUGAGUGAUUCUGUAACUUCUCAUCCUCGCGUGUCACCGAACCAGGAACACGCGAGGACUAGAUAAAGUAAUUUCGGUGUGGGAUUUGUCUUCGAAAUUUUCAAAUGUGGCUCUGUGAUUAUGACCCGACGUCGACCCUCUAUGAGAAUUUACAACCUUUAGAGGAGGUUUUGGAGUGGUCUUAUUCUAGUUCGGGAAUCACUAGCGUGAAUGACUGAUUUUAUGAUGAGUAAUCAUAGCAGUGACCCGUAAUGGGUCCAUGGGCUGCGGUUUUUGCUUGCCAGGCGACCUGCAUGUUCGUUUGCACACUAUACCAUAAAAAAAUCCAGUGAUUGCAUAGAUACAUAGAGCGGGAAUACCAUAGAUUAAAUUAAUUUUGUAGUUAUAGGUGCAAAAAGAGACUUUCCACGUUGGUUA